UCUCUGCUCCUCCUACCUCCUCUUUCUCUCUGAUAUUUCUAUAACUUGUGUUCUCUCUCUCUGCCUCUCAUUGAUCACCAUCCGACGGUCCAAAAUGAACGGAGCCAACGCCGCUGCUUUCUAGAGGCUUCCGACCCCCAAACCCUCAGAUCUCUCCUCCUGGUGUCUGGUUGCCGCGAAAUGGAAACUAACUACGGUUUAGUUAACGGCGCGCCGCUAACACGCGCCGUGGAGGCCUUGGCCGCUCUGCUGCGCUCGGCUCUGCUCCGAACUCUGGAUCCCCUUGCGUUUUUACCUAACAAUGGAGCUGGUAUAAAAGAAGAUCCUCACACUCUGUGUCAAUCUAAGCCAGCUGAUGCCGAGGGAGAUGAUGAAGAUGGGGACAAUGAUGGUGGACUUGAAGAAGGCGAAGAGGACUUGUCAUCUGAAGAAGGAGAAGAGUAUGGCAACAAACCCAACAACAAUAAGAGUAACUCAAAGAAGGCCCCAGAAGAUGAAGCUGGACGUGAGGCUGAAGAGAAUGGAGAAGAAGAAGAAGAAGAAGAAGAGGGUGAUGGAGAAGAUGGCGAUGACCAAGAAGAUGAGAAUGAGGAAGACAAUGAGGAUGAUGAUGACGAUGACGACGACGACAAUGAUGAUGGAGGAGAAGAGGAUGAGGAAGGAGUCGAGGAGGAGAAGGAGGAGGAAGAUGAAGAUGAAGAUGAGGAAGCACUUCAGCCCCCAAAGAAGAGGAAGAAGUAGAGAGUUAGAAGAACAGUAAAGCCUCUCCUCGAUUGUGACUUGCUUUCUAACUCUUUAUCUAGAUGAGGAAGGGUUUCUUAGGAUGGCGUUUUAAUUGUUACUUGAAUUUUCGUUGUGUUUAGUGAUAAAACAGACUACGUUUGCAUUUCACAAGUAGAGAGCAUGUAACCACCCCAGUAUGUUCUGUCCAGUCACCUUUGUGAUGUUCUGUUGUAGUGUUUUUACCAUAACUUCGUGACUGUUUCGAAGUUGAGAAUUGUUCUACAAUAAAGGCACUAGGCAAAUAUAAUUUUUAUUCAGA